AGGGGGAGGAGACCUCCGAGGCAACAAUGGUCUUUGUCCCGGUCGUCCAGCAGUCUUACUGGGCUCACUGGGAGGAGGCAGCUUCUCUAUAGCAACAGCCAGACUGGAGCUGAGAGAGGCCACUCAGAAAGCACCGGAACCAGCAGGAACCGGCAGAAACCGAGGGUCUGGAGCAGGCUGCAGGUCCAGGAGUUAAAAACAAGACGUAGCUUCAGCAGGGAGGGUUUACGGCCGGUCCUGAGCCAGUGAAGGAGGACGAGUGUCAUGGACCGAGACAGCCACUCUGAGGACUCUCUGUCCACUCUGCUGCUGGAGAACAUCAAGAACAAGCUGCUGGACGCCUUCAGAACCUCGGUGGAGAACAGAGACGUUCCCCAGGGUUCCCUCAGACCCGUCAGGAGCCCUCAGGCCAACGAGGAGCUGCGACGGGCCAAAAUCGACGGAGCUUUAACCUGGCUGAGGUCCGAACUGCUGGAGAUGCGCUCUCAGGACCUGCAGCUCGCUCAGACUCUCCUGGGGCUGAAGUCAGAGAUCCAGAGGCUGAGGAGGGAGAGCUGUGGAGGGCUGGAGGUGGAAGGGGAGGACCAGCGGUGAGCGGCCCAGGAGAAGGCCUCUCCUCUGGGACCAUCCUGAAGAACCGGCUGGUCACAUGACGCUGGACAGUUACUGCCUUAUUCUUUAUAUAUUUUGCACUGAAGCUGAUUUAGUUUCUCAGAUCUGUUCAGUAACGAGACGACAUGAAUGUAACGAUGGCAUGAGUCAAAUAAAAGGUGCAACAUGUGUCUUCA